AUGACAUUGGGGACAACGAUGUCAGAGAUCGUCAACCAAUUUGGGCCUGCACCCGGCGCCCCAGACGUAGAGGUGGAGUGGCUCGCGCGGGGUGACGAGGAGUUGAAGGUGUUAGAGGCUCGGGAAUGCGCGACCUUGAUUGCCGACCACGUGUCUCGAGCGCACCCUGCCUGCUUGUGCACCGCCAACGAUGUGCUGCUGGCCAGUAUGCGACAUCUGCAAGAUCUGCCGGAGCAGGCCUUCCGCACUUCCAUCGAGUCCAUCGGCUUGCUCGAGGCUACGCUGAUCCCUGAAGACCUCCAGGCCCCGCCAAAGAAGCCGCGUGUGGAGGAGCAGGAGCCAGCCGCAGCGGCUGGAGAGGAGGGUUCAGGCGAGCCGCCAGCUGAGAACCCAGAGCCGACUUCGUCUUCUGGUAUCCGUCCUGGGACCUCUGGAAAGCCAAAGGCAGCUUUCAGGAGGCUUGGGAGUUUGGGGUUUAGGCCCGAGACCCAAGGAAAGACUGGGAAGACUUUUUCUCAAUCUUAG